CAGUUACUUGUGAGUAAUAAUAACUUCUCUUCUAAGGUACCAUCGAGCAAUGCUUCCUUGAACUUGCUUCACCAAUGUCUCUCAUACUGAAUACAUUAAGAAACAUGCUGGCAUAUUUUGGUGUUCCUGUAGACCAGGAUUUGCUGACUUGGCAAAAUAAAGACUAUGGGUCAGCUCGGAGUAUUGUUCGUAUUAUUGGGAGAAUGCUUCCUUUAGAACCCUGUCGAAGACCUAAUUUUGAGUUGAUCCCACGCUUGAACUCUGAGGAAUUUGAUGAUUAUGAACCUUCAGUUCCAUCUUUUGCUGAUGUUUUGUGUGUGGCAAAUGAUGAAGAAGCUGGUUAUCUCAGAUUUCGACAGAACAAGCCAGUGAAAGAUGAUCUGCCAGCAAGUGAAGCUGCAGUUAAAAAGAUAGCUGCCCUUGAAGAUGAACUCACUUUCCUUCGGUCUCAGAUUGCUGCAAUUGUGGCGAUGCAGGAGUUGAGAGACAAUAAAGACACUGGCUACUGUGACCUGAGUGAUGAACCCAGCAUGGAGCGAGUAUGGUCAACAGCAAGGGCUGGGCUGAAUGAGAAGCCAGGUCACUCUCCAAGUCCAGUGCUUUCUCCUCCUUCACCACCACCUCUGCCUCAGUUUUCUUCCCAGCCACGAUUUCCUCCCAGGCAGCCUGGAUCUAGCAGAGAUAACCCACCUGCAAUGGAAAAGCAACACUCAGGUGUUAACAAGGCGAAUGGUAGCCAUCAUUCAGAAAGCCAGAGAGUUGGUGAUGUUCCAAACAUGUUGGACAUUCUAAAGGACAUGAAUAAAGUCAAACUUCGCCCCAUUGAAAGGUCACCAGGUGGUAGACCCAUUCAGAAGAGAAGACAGAGUUCACAGUGGGAUCCAGUAUCUUUAAUAUCCAAUGCACUUAAGCAGAAGUUUGCAUUUCAAGAUGAUUCCUUUGACAUGGAAAAUAGAUCUUGGGAGUGUUCUCCAUUUUCUAGUCCAGAAACUUCAAGGUUUUGAUGUCACAUUUGUCCAACCAAAAGUCAGCGAUCUAAGAGAAGAGCUGAUAAUAUAAAAGCAGUUAUUCAAGGUCAGAAGUGAAAACUGCGCCUGCAUUUGGAAGGACAGAUCCAGGAACACCUCGUGGAUUUCUUCAUUGCCUUUCAGAGAAUCACAGCCUCUGUUAGGGACCUAUCUGUACCCAGCCUGAGGAAGAUGUUUGAAAAUGCUUGUUAACUGAAGAGUUGGGUGUAUAGAUUCCCUACUUUAUGUGGAUGCUACUGAAAAUGGAAUAUAUACUUCAGAGAUUUCCUAAACAACCCUGGCUUCCUACUUAAGCUCCUUUGUAAUAAGUUGGUAUGUGGGUUAUUUUGGCCUUCAGCAACUUGGAAAUUUUUUAGAGAGCAAAAGACAAUUCUUUCCAUUAAGAAAGUCAUAGUUUUAGUCAGAUAGGAUUGAACUUUCUAAAACUUACUGAGGUAAUAAAUUAUUUUGAUUGCCAAAUGCUACAAGUAGAAGUAGACUCUUGAAAAGUUUUAUCCACACUGACCUUUUACAUACAUGUGCCUGGCAUGUUUCCUAUGUUUUCUAUUACAUUUGCACUGUUUUUGUACAUAAUAAUGCCUGGCAUAUUUCCUUUAUUUUCUAUUACAUUUGCACCCUAUUGUUUUUUGUAAAUAGAUUGUACAAUAAAUGGAUCUUUUGAUCUUGGUUGACUUUUGUAACAAUUCAAGUUAUAUUUUAA